AGUAGAUCUGAGGAUCUCUAAAUCUUUCUGAAUGAAUGGAGAAUGACCCGACAAAUGAGAUCCAAUCUGUAGUCGGUCUUUUGCAUCCUGUCGACCUGUACUCCGUACAUCCACUCUUCUGGACCAUGCAACUCCCGAACUCCACUCAAUUUCUCGUGUUGCGACGACUCAGGAACUGUGAGCUGAUUACAUGAUGAUGGCCCUAGGCAUACAUUUUUUUUAUGGCGAAGAGGUUGUACUAUGUGUAGACUGUGUACCAUAUUCCCACUUCCCGACAUGUACUGUACAGUACCUCACAGUUACAACUUCAAGGCUCAAUCAAUCAUACCAAGA